CAUACCCUAGUUUUUUUUAUUCUAGAUCCUCUAUCCUCUGUUUGCGUAUGGGGGAAUCAGACAAACUAUAACAAUAAGUAGGCAUGGGGAUGGAACACCCAAGAAUGGUAAUUGGGAAGCGUAGUAUAAUGGCUAAUGGGUUGAUUGCAUUGAUGAUGAUGACUUGACGACAACCCCUUUUUCCUUCUGUAUCUAUAUAUAGAUACCAGACAUCCAAUUACAAAUGGCAUCCUCGGCGUCCUUGCUUCAUUACACAACACCUCCCGUAAUUAAUCUUCGAAGAAGCGCUAAAUUAGGUUCAUCGCCCUCCAAUUCGAAUCCGAAUUCGCCGUCUUCUUCUUCAUCUACGUGUUCCUCGUCCUCGUCUUCGUCUUGGCCGUGUUGCCAGGGAUUUUCGUGGACUUUCUCCAACUGUUUCGGCAUAAAACAUCUAAGCUUUAGAGCUCAAGCUAUGAGCACAACCCAAGGGAACUUUACAUCUCCAAGGUCUGCAAAUUCUGUCAAAGAAGAACCUGAUCAUCUUCUUGUCCUUGUUCAUGGAAUCUAUGCAAGCCCAAGUGACUGGAGAUAUGUAGAAGCAGAGUUAAAAAGACGUUUGGGAAGACACUUUUUGAUAUAUGCAAGUUCAGCUAACACUUACUCUAAAACCUUUGCUGGAAUUGAUGGAGCAGGAAAACGGUUAGCAGAUGAAGUGAAGCAAAUAGUGAAAAGUACAGAUAGCCUAAAGAGGAUAUCAUUUUUAGCCCAUUCACUUGGUGGUUUGAUUGCAAGAUACGCAGUUGCAGCUCUUUAUACUUGUAGUAAUAAUAAUAAUAAUAAAAAUAAUAAUAAUAAUACCUCCUCAUAUGAAAGACCAAAUGGAACGAUUGCUGGAUUGGAGGCAAUUAAUUUUAUAACCCUAGCAACACCACAUCUUGGAGUCAGAGGGAACAAACAGCUUCCAUUUCUACUGGGUGUUCCGAUAUUGGAGAGAAUAGCUGCUCCAAUGGCUCCUAUAUUUGUUGGAAGAACUGGUAGUCAGUUGUUUCUUACAGAUGGUAGACCUGAUAAACCACCUCUACUUUUGAGAAUGACAACCGAUUGUGAUGAGGGGAAGUAUAUGUCUGCCCUUGGUGCCUUUAGACACCGAAUUUUGUACGCCAAUGCCUCAUAUGAUCAUAUGGUUGGUCGACGCACAUCCUCAAUCAGAAGAGAAUCUGAACUUGUGAAGCCUCCUUUGCAAUUUUUGGAUGGGUAUAAACAUGUUGUGGAUGUGGAGUAUUGCCCUCCUGUUUUAUCUACAGGAGCUAGUUUUCCUCCCGAAGCUGCAAGAGCAAAAGAAGCAGCUCAAAAUGUACCAAAUCCCCAAAAUACCCUCGAAUAUCACGAAAUCUUGGAAGAGGAAAUGAUUUGUGGAUUACAACAGCUCGGAUGGAAAAAAGUUGAUGUUAGCUUCCACUCUUCGUUUUGGCCUUUCUUUGCUCAUAACAACAUCCAUGUGAAAGAUGAGUGGUUUCAUAAAGCAGGAGCUGGAGUAGUUUCUCAUGUUGCUGACACCAUUAACCAACAAGAAAAGCAACACCAAUCUUCCUCUUUCAUCUCUGCAAGUUUGUAGAAAAACAAAUUUCAAAUAAUACUCUUGUUUGGACCAUUUUGCCCAUGGUAUAUGUGUAUACGCAAAUACAUAUCCUUCCGGAUAUGCUGUCAAAUUAAAAUAUAAUAACAUUUUUUUUGUAUAUGUAGAGCUGUUAUUGUUUAGAAGAUGAAUUUUAGC